GCUAGUUUCAGUCUCCAUUCUCCAACCAUCUAUCAGGAUAAAAUUGCUCUGAAAUCUGGUGCACCUUCGUUGAAGCAAAUCGUUGGUAAAAAUGGUGGCCAUGGCUGCUCUACAGAGCUCAUUUACCGCUCUUUCUCUCUCAUCCAAAUCCUUUCUCGGCCAACGUCUAUCGCCGUGUCCUUCCUCACCUCUGGUGAAGUCUACAAAAGCACCAUGUCCUCCUAUCCAAGCAAAGCUUAAGAGAUGGGAGAGGAUAAAAUGCAAACCAAACAGUCUUCCAAUAGUGCACAAAAUGCAUGUGAAGCUUGGGGACACUGUUAAAGUAAUAGCAGGACGUGACAAGGGUAAAAUAGGCGAAAUUACCAAAAUUACAAAGCACAACAGCACUGUAGUUGUCAAAGAAAUUAAUUUGAAAACCAAACAUGUGAAGAGCAAAGAAGAGGGUGAAUCAGGGCAGAUAAUCAAGAUUGAAGCGCCAAUUCAUAGCUCAAAUGUGAUGUUGUACUCAAAAGAACAAAAUGUUGCGAGUCGUGUGGGCCAUAAGAUUUUGGAAGAUGGUAAAAGGGUGAGAUUUUUGGUGAAAACUGGGGAAAUAAUUGACAGUGUAGAAAAAUGGAAAAAAGAUAUCAAGGAAAGAGAGAAGAAAACUGAAGCGAUUACUGUUGCUUCAUGAGUUUACAAAAUCAACAAAUUGUAAUUGCAAAUUAUGUGCGUUUUCUUAUAUUAUCAAAACUUCAUGUUUGUAGCUUGUGAAUUGUGAUGUAAUGAUAUAUUUGGAUUUUUGGGGUGUUUUUGAGUAGAAAUUAGAGAAAGUCGAUAUUGAAUUC